AUUUCUGUAUACAUUUUUUAUCAGUGCAAUGAACACAAAUUGAGUUGACUUUUAUUAAAAUAUUUGAAAAUAAACAUAAAGCAACAUGAACGGCUUAAUUGUCUUCAACAGUGCUAACGAUGUUGUUUUCCAGCAGCUUAAUACAGCCUUGGCUGAACAUUUCUUUGCUAAGAACGCCGAUCUUUUUCCCGAGAAUGCAACUGCGGCAUCCAUUGAUGGGAAUAUCAUCUUACAAAUUUUCAGUCCUAUCAUUAACUCUCAACGCAUUAUGCAUUGCCAAUUUGACAAUACGUAUUCAAGUUUUCAAUGCGACAAUGGACUUAACUUCGCCUUCGGCGAUCUGCUGGGAUAUUCGUUUGUGAAAAUCGGUCAACGCCCAGUGGACAUACUCAAGCGACACCUAGGCGUAGCUAUUGCACUGACACGCCACUUGUACGGAGCAAACUUGUUCGCUACACAAGCUAGCACCGUACAGGAGGAACUACUAUCAACUUGCCUCGAAAGCUACGAAGAGCAUUUGUGGGAUGAGGAGCAAACUAUGUUGGUGGAGGCAUUGCCGCGAUUGCUUAUUAACACUGAACUUAAGCGCGUUGUGAGCACUGCGCUCGAUGGUGCAUUGGAAUGUUUGCGUGACCUGGGUCAUCAACGUACUCAUGCCCUACUCUUUGCUUCGCACAAAUUUGUUUCUUCCGCUACAUCAAAGCAAGCGCUCGCUUUGAGCCCAUCCGAUUUGAUAUUUCUUACUUUGCUUGCGCGCUCUUUGCAACGCAAUCAUCGAUCACUUAAUCGGUCAGUUGCUGUAUUUUUACAGGGUGCUUCUUAUGAUCCCAAUUCAGGAUGUGUGCCCUGUAUUGCGCACCUGUCUCAACUAGUAAAGGGUGUGUUAUUGGUGCAGGUGAUCGAGUAUGCAAAUCUACAAGUGGCAAGCAGCAUGUACGAUACCUUCUUCGUACUACAAAAAAUCAUAACCCUGCAAAUACAAGGCGACUCGGAUGCAAUGAAGCCGACAUAUGAGAGUCUAGAGUCAUUUGUUAAACAAACAUUGGAUGCGCUCAAGCGUUCCAAGUUAAAAGGUGAUGAAUUGGAUACUUCGUUGAAAAAAUUCGUUGCCAAAUGGGAGAACUUAAAGAAGAUGUACGGCGACUUUUUUCGUUCUGUCGAACGAGAAUUAUUAGUGCGAAUUGAGUCCAACGUGCCGGCGUUCAUGGAUGAACUAAAACAGCUUUUCACACUAACGUGCUGUGACAGUUCAGGCAUUGCUUUGGACCAGUUACCAGAAGUGGCUUCAGCAGUUGAGGGAAAGAUGCUCGAAAUUACAGAGUUUCUAGCUGUAAAAGCUGAGCGCAACAUCUCUAUUGAAGCCUAUUUGGAAGAUUUUCCAGGACUCAUCCAUUUUGUGUAUGUCAAUAGGACAACUGGUCUCAUGAUUGCGCCCGAUUUGCGCGCCAACCAGUUGGUUUCGAAAAAGAGUUUAUGGUCGAUGAUUGAACUAUCCCGCAAAUACUUGAAGAAGGGACACUCAACUGUUAUGUGGAAAGAUAAAGUAUUUAACUAUUCAUAUUUUCUUUGGUUCGAAGAUCAAGCUGGUGGUUCUAUGAAAUUAAUCGAUCUGCAUCAGCUUAUAGUUAGUUCAGGAUCGUCUAGUAAUGCCUUCAAGCCACCAUUCGAACCCGGUUUACUUGCCGCCGAUUAUUACCAACAGCUCGCUGAAGUGUGUUUUCCAAAGGUCACACCAGGCAAAGUUAAAUGCUACGAACUCUUCUGUAUACAUUUAGGCUUAGUGACAGCAACUUGCGCUGUGGAACAUUCACGGCGUCUAGUGGCAACCAUAGCCGAUGUAGUGGGUGAUAAUAAUUAAUAAGUGAUUUCUUUCCUUUAGCUUUAGUUAUUAAGAUUUCCAGGAUGCAUUCCAAUGAAAUUAUUUUUACAAAAUUAUUUAUUUGUAAUAAUCCACGUUUUUCUAACUUAACUUUUAAACUUUAGUAUUGACAUAAACAUUACAAAAACAAUAUGCUUUGUUUGCAAGUA